GAGAGAGAACGGAGGGAGUGGAGUGAGAUUCUCUAUAAAUGAUAAGGCGGUAAUACUCAGGUCUCGCCUCGUGUUUAUUCAAUUCCCCUUUCUCUUCUCUUCAAUUUCCAUCUCUCUCAGUCUUCACCUUCACCAUCACCAUCACCAUGGAUCCCUACAAGCACCGGCCAUCUAGCGCCUUCAACUCUCCCUUCUGGACAACCAAUUCCGGUGCUCCUGUAUGGAACAACAACAACUCUAUGACUGUUGGAGUUAGAGGUCCUAUUCUCCUUGAGGAUUAUCAUCUUGUGGAAAAGCUUGCAAACUUUGAUAGGGAAAGGAUCCCAGAACGUGUUGUCCAUGCUAGGGGAGCUAGUGCAAAGGGUUUCUUUGAAGUCACACAUGAUGUUUCUCACCUGACAUGUGCAGAUUUCCUUCGAGCCCCUGGAGUUCAGACACCUAUCAUUCUCCGUUUCUCGACUGUCAUUCAUGAGCGUGGUAGCCCUGAAACCUUGAGGGAUCCUCGUGGUUUUGCUGUGAAGUUUUACACCAGAGAGGGUAACUUUGACCUUGUGGGAAACAACUUCCCUGUCUUCUUCGUACGUGAUGGCAUGAAAUUUCCAGAUAUGGUCCAUGCUCUGAAGCCCAAUCCCAAGUCUCACAUCCAGGAGAAUUGGAGAAUCCUUGACUUCUUCUCCCACUUUCCAGAAAGCCUUCAUAUGUUCACCUUUCUAUUUGAUGAUGUGGGUGUUCCACAAGAUUAUAGGCACAUGGAUGGUUUUGGAGUUAAUACAUAUACCCUGAUCAACAAGGCUGGGAAAGUAGUGUACGUGAAAUUUCACUGGAAGCCCACAUGUGGUGUUAAGUGUCUAUUGGAGGAAGAGGCCAUUAAGGUGGGAGGAUCCAACCACAGCCAUGCCACUCAAGACCUUUAUGAGUCAAUUGCUGCUGGUAACUAUCCUGAGUGGAAACUGUUCAUUCAAACCAUAGAUCCUGAUCAUGAAGACAGAUUUGAUUUUGACCCACUUGAUGUAACUAAGACUUGGCCUGAGGACAUUAUACCCCUGCAGCCCGUUGGUCGCAUGGUCUUGAAUAAGAACAUAGAUAAUUUCUUUGCUGAGAAUGAACAACUUGCAUUUUGCCCUGCCAUUGUGGUACCUGGUAUAUCUUACUCAGAUGAUAAGAUGCUUCAAACCAGGAUUUUCUCUUAUGCUGAUUCACAGAGGCACAGACUUGGACCAAAUUAUCUGCAACUUCCUGCCAAUGCUCCCAAGUGUGCUCACCACAACAAUCACCAUGAGGGUUUCAUGAAUUUCAUGCACAGGGAUGAAGAGGUCAAUUACUUCCCUUCGAGGUAUGAUCCUGUUCGACAUGCAGAAAGGUACCCCAUUCCUCCUGCAAUCUGCACUGGAAGCCGCGAACGGUGUGCAAUUGAGAAGGAGAACAACUUCAAGCAGCCUGGAGAGAGAUACCGAUCUUUUGCGCCUGACAGGCAAGAUAGAUUUGUCCGCCGAUGGGUUGAUGCUUUAUCUGACCCACGUGUCACCCAUGAAAUCCGCUCCACCUGGAUAUCAUACUGGUCUCAGGCUGAUCGUUCUCUUGGGCAAAAGAUAGCAUCUCAUUUGAACUUGAGGCCAAGCAUUUAAGGUUUGUUGCCAACUUCAGAAUGAUCACAAAGUUGCAAAUGUGCAAGAGUAUAAGGAUAUCUUCUUUAUUUUUAUUUUUGGGGGGGAUCAUUUGAAAGGAAUAAUGCAUUUGUUGCAGUGUUAUACAGUGUACCCUAAACCAUGCAUGCAUCUGGUUGAGCUGUCUCAAUAAAUGUUUGUAUGUGUUAGUAUUUAACUAUUUGUUUACACUGUUUCCAUCUGCUGGUGCUGUUAUAGAAUUUGGAACUAUUGUCUCAAA